AUGUCCGACAAAAGACUUCACGUUCUCUUAACAAAUGAUGAUGGUCCAUUAAACGAUGAAACUUCUCCUUAUAUCAAAUUCUUAGUUGAUGCUAUUUCAAAAUAUACAAAUUGGAAUUUAAGUAUUGUGGUACCAAAUACUCAAAGAUCAUGGAUUGGUAAAGCUCAUUUUGCAGGUAAAGAUUUAACUGCUUCAUUUAUUUAUACUGAAAAUGAUAAUAUUUCAAAUUCAUUCAAAGGACCAUUCCCAACCCCACAAUCUGAAUUAAAUAAUCAAGGUUUAAAAGAAUGGGCUUUAAUUGAUGGUACCCCGGCAAGUUGUACAGAUAUUGGAGUUCAUCAUAUUUACAAUCAGGAAAAAGGUCCUGUUGAUCUUGUUAUUUCAGGUCCAAAUUUUGGUAGAAAUUCUACUGCUUUAUAUAUCACCUCGUCAGGUACCGUGGGUGCUGCAAUGGAAGGUGCAUUAACUGGUAUUAAAUCAAUUGGGUUAAGUUAUGCAUUUGAAACUCGUGAUUUAAAUGUUGAAAUAACAACUGAAGCUGCUAAAAUAAGUGUUGAAUUAAUUAAAUAUUUGUAUGAUAAUUGGAAUAAUCAAGUUGAUUUAUAUACUAUAAAUAUUCCAUUAAUUCAAUCAUUAAAAUUUGGUGAAACAAAAAUUGAAUUUGCUUCAAUUUUACCAAAUAAAUGGGGUUCAAUCUUUAAACCUUUGGAACAAGAACAAGAAUCAGAGGGGGAUAAAGAUAUUAUUGAUGAAUCAAGUAAUCAAAAAAUUCAAUUUAAAUGGUCUCCAAAUUUUAAUACUGUUCAUGAAACUGUUUUAGAAUCUCAAAAAAAAAAUGAACAUAAUGAUGGGAUUGUUUUAUUAAAUGGUGGUAUAAGGUAUGUAUUAAAUUCUUUGAACCCUGAUAUCAAAACAUUUCAUUAUGGUGAAUAUGAAGAAUUAGAUAUUGAUAGAUUACAAUCCAAUCCUGAGAAAUAUUUUAUAAAUUCUUAUAUUUAUAGAAAAGCAAUUAUAAGAAAACAUUAUCUUGCACAUACUAUUCAUUCAUAUAAAGUUAAAAACCCCAAUUCAAUUUUACACAAGGCAUUCCCUGAUACAUUUAAUUUAGAAGUUGAUUAUGCAGAAUUCUUGGAUGAUUCAUUAGAUGAAUCUUUUGAAUUAAGAAAUGAAAUUGAAUCAGGUUUGAAAACCUGGAUCUUAAAACCAAGUAUGAGUGAUAGAGGUCAAGGUAUUAGAAUUUUUCAAACAAUUGAUCAAUUACAAAAAAUUUUUGAUUCAUUUGAACAAGAAGACUCUGAUGAUGAAGAAGAUGAAGACCAAGAUAAUAAUGGUGUUAUCACUUCACAAUUAAGACAUUUUGUUGUUCAAGAAUAUAAAUCAAAUCCUUUAUUAUUAUCACAUUAUCAAAAUAAAAAGUUCCAUAUAAGAACUUAUGUUUUGGCAAAUGGUUCUAUUGAUGUAUUUGUUUUUAAAAAAAUGUUAACUUUGUUUGCAUUAACUUCAUAUACUUCACCAGAAAUUAAUGAAAAUGAUGAAAUUUCUUUAUAUGGUCAUUUAACAAAUACUUGUUUACAAGGUGAAGAAGCAUCUAUUGAAAAUAAUAGUGUUGUUGAAUUUUGGUCAUUAGAAGGUUUAACAACAAAAGAAAAACAGUAUAUUUUCAAUCAAUUAGUAGAAAUUGUUGGUGAAGUUUUCAAAGCUGCUAUAAAUGUUGAUAAAAUGAAUUUUCAACCAUUAGGUAAUGCAUUUGAAAUUUUUGGAUUAGAUUUUAUUAUUGAUGAUGAAUUAAAUGUUUCAUUAUUAGAAUGUAAUUCUUAUCCUGAUUUUAAACAAACUGGUGAUGAUUUAAAAUCUUUAAUUUUUGAAUUAUUUGAUUCUGUUGUGGAAAGAUCUGUUGUACCAUUUUUUAAAGGUGGAAAACCAAAUGAUAAUGAAUUUUUAGUUAAAGCUUAUAGUGAGAAUUUGAAUUCUUGGUAG